AAUACCCUGGCUUUUGAUUAGUGGUACUCAGUAGUAAUUCAGUAACUUAUCCUGUCCCGCUUACCCGAACAGGUUGUGACAUAUGUUGCAGCUCUUGCAAUCAUCUCAAGCUAACCCAAAGACACCAGAACUCGACACCCAUCUUCAUUAGGUACCAGCUACUUGGUGUCAUACAUCAUGUUGCCAUCACAGCCACAUUCCCUGUUCGUCCGGGAUCGCACUCAGGCCAGCGAUCCGGCGGGAACUUCGAUCGAUCACCUACGAGGCGAAAUGCAGUUCCUCCGUGAGAGCAAGGAAUACAGGCUCGCCAUAGAGAAGGAGCUCGAAGUCUGGAUGGACUUGUUAAUGGAGUCGGACGCAGUCGAUAGAGCCGUGCUCAAGCGCUCAAGUCUUUAUUUUACUCCUUACGACUAUGAACAGGUCGAGCACGAACGUCACUUAUCAUCAUUGUGCUCGUAUCCUCUCUGCUGCUCAUCUUCGAAACGACCCUACACUGCUCAGAGUCACUAUACCUUCCGCACGACCGGGGUCGUAUCCUCAUCACGGACAUCACGGAACCGCGAUCUGAUACAGCAAGAGGAGGGAAAUAAAGAUGACGGCUUUUGCUGUAAAGAUUGCCUCAUCCGAAGCCGAUGGUUCGGGCGGCGGCUUCGAGACGAAGCUAUCUGGACUCGCGACGAAGUCGGCCCCGGAGACUACGGAAGAUAUAAAAGCAAGGCUAGGGGGGAUCCACAGCUGGAGGGACGUCGGAUCGAGCUAGAGGUGGAAUUACUGGAGGAAAUGGAGGACCGCGGGGAAGUGUUACUGCAAGACGGCCACAUCUACAUGCAAGGCUCUUUCCCUGCGGGUGGGCCCAGUGCUGUACGAUCAGCUGUUCCAGCUAUGCUGGUACCCUCGGUCGAAGGUGCAAAGGUCAAGCCAGAGUUACCCCUAAAUGGACUGGUCAAAAUGGGCUUAGUAGCAGAGACGCGGGAACACCCUUCACGGUUCGAGGAUCAGUUGAAUGCCACGCUGGCUGGACUUCAAAUCGUCGAGCGUGUUCCUAAUGGAACCGCUAAACCUCCUUCGGAGGGCAAAAACUUGACCGGAACAUCCAACUCGGAAAGCCAGUCCUACAAAAAGAUGGAACCCAAGUCAGUCAAAGAGCUGCUUCCCCAGUCUCAGCAAGGAAAUGCCCUCUCUUCGACAGUAGAGUAUGAAGAACAGGAAGAGGAUGAAGAGGAGGAUGAGGAAGUGAAGAUGGCAUUCGAGGCGGCUUAUGCCGCUCGGGAGAUGCUGCGGAACGGAGAUUUCGAGUAGUGGAGGCCCAGUUGCACUGGCACAUCGCGCUAGGUCUACACAUGUCAACUAAUCGCUAUCUGGGAGGCCAUACGCCUAUGAUCUAUCGACAAGUGUGUUCUAGAUGGUAUAGCAUUCUCCAUGAAACUCCAUUCCA